AUGGAUCUAAGGAAUUAUGCAACCAUUCUAGAAUAACAUUUAAAUUAUGUGCAAUGUGAAAAAUUUUAUAGAAUAAUGAAUGAAUUAAUCUGUGGUUUUUUAUCGAAAUCCUAAAUUUAUUAUAUUUAAUUGAAUAUUAUUAGAAAAUGGGAAAUUAGAAAAAAUUCUUAUAAAAACUUUUUAGUAUUCUUGAAGUACUUGCUAGUAUAAUUAUAGUCAAAAGAACAUGAAGACUGUAUAUAAUGGAGUUAAGAUGGGAAUUCGCUUGUAGUUAUUUCUGCAGAAUUAUUUGAGGAGAAGGUAAUGCCUUGCUAUUUCAAUUCUACUAAAAUUUCUACUUUUUAUAGAUAAUUGAGUCAGUAUGGAUUUAAAGUAAAAUAAAAUGAGAUGAGAUAAAAGUAAUUUUAUCAUUCUAAUUUUUAAUAAGGAAAUUUGUAAUUUUAUAAUAUUUAUUCUUAAAGAAGGAAGAAGAUACAGGCACAACUAGAUCACAAUAAAUGUAUAAGCGAAGAGAAUAAGCAGUUGAAUAAUUAAUUAAAGGUCCUUCAGAAAUAGCAAUUAGCGAUCUAGGCUCAAUUGAAUAUUCACACGUAGAUUUACAUGAGAUUUUGCAAUUAGAUGAAAUAUGUUUUUGAUGUAUCAAUCGAAAUAUUUUAGUAUUUGAAAUAGGAUGAAGAUUGUGAGGAGGAUUACAAGAAAUUUUUUGACUCAGUUAUAUCUGUGUUUAAGGGAUUCAAUCACGACAUCGCCUAAAAUAUAUUUGAAGAACUGAAGCACAUAGGAGGUCCAUUGAGCCCUUAAUUAUCACCACUUCUCUUUCCUUAUUUAAGGUUGAAUUGA